CGGUUUUCAGCUCGAAACGCGACGGUUGACCACGGAUUUUGUGCUUUGUUCGUCGGAUUAAGUGUAUUUCUUUUUAUACAUAUGAUAUUCGCGAUUUUUAAUACUUAUGCACAACGCACGCAAAACAACAACAACAAAAUUGAAUAGCAUUUAGCAAAAAUAUAAAAGAAAUAUUCAACCGGUUCUCAACGCUCAACUAGAAUUAGAAUUCAACAAAGGCCAAGAGCUUCCACUCCACACCUCCCCGCAACUUACCUCAACUCACUACGAAACCGACGCGAUGGGCACUAAAAUUGAGUACGUCGAUACGACGCAUCUAUACGCAUCCAAAUAUAUCAGAAACUCAAAGGCCAUUGGUGUCCUAUGGGCCAUCUUUACAAUCUGCUAUGCCAUCAUUGGAAUUGUGGCCUUUGUGACUCCAGAAUGGAUUGGUGAUCCGGAUAGCGACAGUGCAGGUCGGUUGGGCCUCUGGCAGCAAUGUCAGCGGGAUGAGAUCUUCGACAAUUGUCGGCGUCGUUGGGAGAACAUCUUUGCAGUGCCAACAUUCUCAUUUCAGUUGUCCACUUUCUUUAUGAUCGGUGCCGUUGGCUUGGCCUUGCUGACAAUAUUCUUUUUGGUCUGCUUGAUGUUUAUGAAGUCGACGCGCGUUUUUCACAUUUGUGGCUGGAUGCAGAUUAUAUCAGCUCUUUGUAUGAUAGUGGCAUGUGCUGCGUUUCCCUUUGGCUGGAACUCGGAUGAUUUCCGUAAGAUUUGUGGACCAGAAGCGAAUCGAUUUGAGUUGGGGCUUUGCGGCAUUCGCUGGGCAUAUCCAUUGGCAAUAAUUGGCUGUAUUGACGGCGUUGUUCUUGCCACCUUGGCAUUCAUUCUGGCCACGCGACAUGUGAGGCUACAGCCUGAUCCAAUCUAUCAGAACUCCCUCUACAAGGGUGAAAUUAAUAAUGCCUAUCUGACGGAUGCUAUUAGCCUGGCUGGCUCACGCAAGUCAAAUCCUCACAUAACUGGCUUGAAUCUGCAGCCGAUUCUAUUAGUGGCGCCACCUAACGAGGAUAGCAUUUCGCAGUUUUCGCGCUAUCACUGAAAUGUUUCGAUAACAUUCAACAAAGACAACAACCAGCUUGUGUUGUCGUAAACGCUAAGCUUAAGUGUUGAAGCAUUCAGCUUUAUAACGAAUGACCUUUGCGUGCUUAGCAAGUGCACGAACCAACAUGAGCUCGUGAAAGUUUCGUUAAACUUGAAAUUGCUCUUGGCUGUUACAAUUUAAAAAUCUUUUAUGGAAUGCAUGUAUGUAUAUGUGUAUGUUUGCGUGUGUGUUGAUAUUAGACUGAAUGAUUAACGUAAACUUAUGUUUUAACUAAUUUAAAAAUUUGUGUAAAUUGAAAUGUGAAGUAUCGCUGCCUGUAAUAUAAUGUGCCCCUAAAUAUAAUAAUUGUGUACAAAAUAUUUUAUAUUCAACAUGCGAUAAAGU